UUGACCUAUUACCAUUUAAAGCUGAGCUACAAUGGACUCAUACACUGUCUCAAAAACCACGUUACAAACCCCAAAAGCAAACAUGGACCAAGCCAAGUUCAGCGAGGAUGUGAUGCAUAUUAAGGACCAUGGCUCCACACACUUGUCCCAGGAAACAGUGAAAAAGCUGAUCCACCAGUCUCAAGAGGCAAAGCAGCAAGCCUACUGUCCUUAUAGCAAAUUCAGAGUGGGAGCUGCUCUCCUGACUUCAGACAACUGUGUGUUUACAGGUUGCAAUGUGGAGAAUGCAUGUUACAACCUAGGUGUGUGUGCGGAAAGGAAUGCUAUCUCAAAGGCAGUUUCUGAAGGCUACAGAAGUUUCAAGGCAAUUGCAAUUGCCAGUGACAUGAAUGACCAGUUCAUCUCCCCGUGUGGUGGCUGCAGGCAGUUCAUAAGAGAGUUUGGAUCAAACUGGGAUGUGUACCUGUCUAAGCCUGACGGCUCAUACCUGAAGAUGACGGUGGACGAGUUGCUGCCCGUCUCCUUUGGCCCUAAAGAACUGUCCAUGAAGAAAGUGUUUGACAUUCCUAAUGAGUACUGAGCCUGUAUUGCAGGACAGAACACACACGUUGCUUAUUUGAACCACCAUGACAUGUACUGUGUGUAACAUAAUGCUAAAAACCUAUUCAUGUUUAGCAGCAGCAGGUUUAUUUAUGGUAAAUAUUUCUUCUUGUGUUAUCUGAUUUCAAUGUCACAUUAAAAUGUACUUAAUGUAUUUUGUUAAUAUACUCAUCAAGCUAAUUGCCAGACUAUAAGCUGGAAAAUAAAUUGUGCCUUAGCUGGCGAUUGAUUUACCAAGACUAACGUACUGUAUUUAGUGCUGGGUUGUUGCGGAUAAAAUUAUUUCUUAGUUUGAAGAAGCAUGACGGAAAAUGAUGUCUCAUAUCAACAUUAAUAAAUGUUUUAAUAGUUUCUUUUAUUAGUUUACACUUCAUUUCUGAGAUAUAGACACAAAUGAAGUUCAAAGGACAUACAAGAACAAUGAUAAGUUACAGUGUACCGCAUACAGUAUUUGUGUAGGAGCAAAUUAUUUAAUUACAGAGUUAAAUAAAGAGAGAGACGGGGUGAAGCAUUAAAGAGGUCAGUGCAAAUUCACUAAAACAUCUAUUAGUGAUUUUAGGUCUAAGUAUUCCGUGCAUUGAUAUUUACAGUGGUUUAUGGCGCAGGCUUAAAAAAGGGCAAGUAUAUUAUGGUAGGAUUUAUCUUUCCCCCCUGACUCAGACAAUUGA